GACAUUGACCAUUCACUCUAACCCUUCUUGUUUAGAUUAUGAUCAUUAUGACUGUCAUACAGUUAAGAUUGAUGCUCCGAAUAUUUCGUCCUUAUCUUGCUCAAGCACUCCGACACUAAAAUUUGUCCUGGUUAAUCUGAUCUCCAUUGUUGAUGCAAAUAUUGGUCUUGAGUUUGACUAUCCACAAAGCGAACAAUAUGCUGCUCAGUGUGUAUUUGAGCUAUUGAGUGCACUUAAAGGUGUCAAGUCUCUCACUAUGACAAGUGAUACUUUUCAGUCUCUUUACUUUUCGGCGGAUACUCUCCAUCUCCUUCCUUUGUUCCAUAGCUUGACACAUCUUUACAUAACUCAUUCGUGGAUUAUGGAUUUCACUCUUGAAGUACUGUUUGACAUUCUACACAAGACUCCUAAAUUGGAAGUUCUUGGUAUUCCUAUGGUAUAUUGCUUACAUUUGGUGGAUGAAGAAGUGACAAUAAACUCAGUGCCCUGUUGUUUCAAAUCUUCUCUCAAAUUUCUUUGGAUUUCAGAUUUUAAUGGAUACAAAUAUGAAGUCCAAAUGAUAAGUCUUUUGGUAGAAAAGUUUACAAUCUUGGAGGAAAUGAAGAUAUCCUUUUCUGGAUUUUUAUCAGAUUGUUUGGAGGAAGAGACUGCUGUCAAGAAUCAAUUGCAAUCUCUCUGUCACGGAAAAUUUGCUAUUGAGUUUAAGUAAAUCCCUUUUGUCUCGUGCUUAUCUAAAAAAAACUUUAUAUAGUUAGACAACAAGGAUCCUGUUUAUGCAUAAUGUUGGAUAAUCGACUAGAGAGACCAAUGA